AUGCCCGUUGACGAUAUAGCAGAAUCUUCUGGUCAUAAACAUGAAGAGACCGAGAAUAUCAUAGAAAAUAAUAUAGAUGAUAACUUAGAUCCUAAAAAACAUCUUAGUAGUAGUGAGAUGAUGGACGAUGAAAGAAGUUAUAAAAAUGUAUCUAUAAACCUGAUAUUAAAUAUUCAUGGUAGAAAUGCUGUAGCUGCUACAUCAGAUGGUCAAGGUGGAGCUAGAUUACCUUCUAUAGGUUCCACGAUUAAUUCCACAAAACCACCACAAGCAAAUUUGCAAUCAAGUUCCUACCCCCAAUAUUACAAUAAUCGAGUUAUUUCAAAUAUUGAUUCUAGGAUUACAACAUCAGGCCCAUAUUAUGAUCAGCAUAUUCAAACUUCUAAAUCACAUCCUCCUUCAAAUUAUAAUUCGAGUGUUUAUCAAAAGGCAAAUAUGCCUAAUAUGAUCUCUUCCAAUCCACAAGUAUCACCAACCUAUUCACAAAAUAUACUACAAGUAAGUUAUCCUCAAGUAAACCAAUACGGUCAGCCUACGUCAAAUUUAAAUUCUCAAGUAGUACAAACUGGAGCUCCAAUUAAUAUUCCAUAUCAUGCGUUACAAGCUCAAACUCAUCUGGCUCUGGAUUUAGACCCUCUUCAUGAAAAUAAAAGAGGUAGAAGAUUCCGUAGGCGGUAUAAUCAAAUUGUUAGGAAAUACAGUUGUUCGUUUCCUGGAUGUGUGAAAAGUUAUGGAUCAUUAAACCAUUUAAAUACGCAUAUAGUUACAAAGAAGCAUGGACAUCGAAAAUCCAAAGCGGAUUUUCAACAUAAUCAUCUUCUCCAUGAUGAUCCAUCCAAGUCACAUUAUCAGGAUGGACUUCAAAGUCAAACCACUCAUUCAGAGUAUACAUCAGGAAAUUAUUGGUACGGAUUCCCUGUUCAAGCAAGAAAUUCAGCCAACCAAUCAAUUGGUCUUUCUGAGCAUCCUUCAAUAAUGACUACAGUACCUCAACCACAAGUACAGCCUCCUCAACCUCCUCCAGGCUAUAUGUAUUAUGCUCCUAGCUAUUCUACACAACAAGUCCAACAAUCUUCAGUACAACAACAAAGGCUACCAAUAAGUUGGCAGCAACAACAACAACAGCAACAAGGGUAUCCAGCUUAUGCACAACAAUCGCAGUAUACAGGCUUAACUGCUUCUGAUCAAAUACAAGUUCAACAGCCGCAUACAGAUCAAAGUCAGGGCAAAUCUAUGGGAGGACUGUCUCAUCCCUAG